AAACUGGCCAAAGGUGAUAAACGCACUUUGCGUCGUAGUUCUCGUCCGAACCCGAAGCGGGCGCGCCUCGAUGGAGCUCCCUGCAGUGUUCCGGAUCCACAAUCGCCUUUUAGCGAUCCUGAAGCCAGCAAUGAUAGUAUAAUUGGCACAACCGUGGAUGCGAGUUUUGACGAUGAGGAGGACUAUGAUGAAAUUGAGGAAGCGGACGAAGAAAGAGUUAUGUCCCGUGGCGGUGCUGCUGGUGGCUUGUCUUCCAGUUCCGGGGCUCCAGUACCAACUCCUCGUGACGAAUUCGGAGGAAAAGAUCUCCGUGGCAUUCUUUCGCUUCGUCCUGACCACCCUACGCGACCACUGUGGGUCGGCCCAGAUGGGCACAUAUUUCUUGAAACCUUCGGGCCAAUCGCCAGUCAGGCACAAGACUUUCUUAUCGCUAUUUCUGAACCCGUCUGCCGUCCAGAGCACAUACACGAAUACAAGCUUACUUCCUACUCACUUUAUGCAGCUGUCUCCGUGGGUCUCAGAACCAGUGAAAUUAUUGGCUGUCUCCGAAGGCUCUGUAAAACACAACUUCCUCCAGGCAUAAUCGCCUACAUCCGCUCUUGUACGCUAUCGUAUGGUAAAGCCAAGUUAGUGCUCAGAGGUGGUCGUUUUUUUGUCGAAAGUAGACACCGUGGAUUUUUAAAGAAAUUAGCCGCCGAUCCAGAAGUAAAACAGUGCCUCGUUAGUGUUCCGACAGCUGAGGGAUUGUCGGAGGUGACGCUGCACAAAUUCGAUUCCUCCGACAACGUGAUUGCGCUAGGAAUGGAGACUAAAGACUCGUCGAACAAACCGACUGACACUUCCGUGACACCGGGUUCAUCAGACAGUGGCAUGGCGGAUAUUUUGAAGCUAUACGCUGCAAUCGAUGCCGAUGAGGAAGAAUUGGAAACUGAGGUACAGUGUGCCAAUGCAGAGUUGGAUCAGGCAGAAGUCGUUGGUUCAACUGGAGAUGCUGACGCAUUGAACAUCAGGGCAAUUGGCAUCGAAGGUGCUGUCGAAGAUCAGGAGGGUGAGGAGGACGACGAUGACAUUAGCGGUUUGCUGUCAAAAGACGGCCGUUUGAAGUCGUCCGAAACUGUUGCCAUUGAAGUUUUACAGAGUGAAAUUGAGAGACUCCAGCGUAGGUGUGUUGAACUUGAAGUCCCCCUACUAGCCGAGUACGACUUUCGUCAGGAUAAGUUGAAUAAAGACAUAAGCGUGGAUUUGAGGGCGAGCACCAAUCUUCGACCCUAUCAGGAGAAGAGUUUGCGGAAAAUGUUUGGCAAUGGACGCGCACGGUCGGGAGUCAUUGUUCUACCUUGUGGUGCUGGAAAAACCCUUGUGGGCGUGACGGCAGCGUGCACGGUUCGCAAGCCAACACUCUGUCUGUGUACUAGUGGGGUUGCCGUGGAGCAGUGGAGGAACCAGUUCAAGCUCUGGUCAACCGCGGAGGACAGCCAAAUCCUGAGAUUCACAUCGGAUGCCAAAGACAGGCCCUCCCCCAGCACCUGUAUCUGCAUCUCUACGUACUCAAUGAUCGCCUUUUCCGGGAAACGCUCCUACGAAGCGGAACGCCUGAUGGACUGGAUCAAGGGGCAAGAGUGGGGUCUUAUGGUGCAUACAAUUCCUGCCAAAAUGUUUCGUCGGGUCUUGACUAUGGUCCAAGCGCAUUGCAAACUUGGCCUCACAGCCACCCUCGUCCGUGAAGAUGACAAAAUCACAGAUCUGAAUUUUUUAAUUGGACCAAAGCUCUACGAGGCUAAUUGGUUGGAGCUGCAGAAACGUGGAUUCAUUGCCAAAGUUCAGUGUGCCGAAGUUUGGUGCCCAAUGACCUCCGAAUUCUACCGGGAGUACCUGCAGAUGGCAAGCAUGAAGAAACAACUGCUGGCGGUGAUGAAUCCGAACAAAUUCCGUGCUUGUGAAUACCUCAUUAGGUAUCACGAAAGACGCAACGACAAGAUAAUUGUAUUCUCCGACAACGUCUUUGCGCUGAAGUAUUAUGCCAAGAAGAUGGGUCGACCUUAUCUUUACGGUCCAACAAGCCAGAGCGAACGAAUGCAAAUUCUACAGAACUUCCAGUACAAUCAAAAUGUUCCGGCCAUAUUCGUUUCAAAGGUGGCGGACAACUCCUUCGACCUCCCGGAGGCAAGUGUCUUGAUCCAGAUCAGCAUGCACGGCGGAAGUCGACGACAGGAGGCCCAGCGUCUGGGUCGGAUCCUUCGCGCCAAACGCGGCAUGGACGCUGAUGUCUACAAUGCCUUCUUUUACUCGCUUGUCUCUCAGGACACCAUGGAGAUGCAGUACGCUCUGAAGCGUCAACGCUUUCUUGUCAAUCAGGGCUAUGCCUACAAGGUGAUAACGCGGCUCGCGGGUAUGGAAAACGAGAACUUGAAAUUGGGAACGAAACCCGAACAGGCCGAGCUGCUGCACCGGGUGCUGGCGAGCACUGACGAGGACGCCAUGGAGGAGACGCUUCCCGCCGACCCCGACGGCCUCCACCACAGCACCAAGACGAAGAACCGCCUGGCGUUCGUCCGCCGGACCGGCCACAUGGCCUCGCUGUCCGGCGCCGACGACGCCAUCUACGUGGACACGUCCUCAGCGGCAGCUCGCCGUGAAAAGGCCAAGGAAAGACAUCCUCUUUUCAAACUUUUCCGCAGAUGA